AUGGCUCAUAUCAAAUCUCUUCUCAACCCCACCAUGGACGACACCGAAUACGACAGCAAAGACGAAGUCUCCACAGCUGACAGCCAGACCUCGUCAGGUUCGCCUAAGCGGAGAGGUGGUCACGACGUUGCGAGUCGAAAGAAGCCGAAGACUGCGAAGGAUGCUGCCGUAUUCAAGCCUGGUGCUGUUCGUGAACCGUGUCGGUAUCCACCUCACGAGGACCAAGAUGAUUUCCUAGCUGCUCAGCAUCAGAUGCACGAGAUCUAUCCAAUGGGCAGUAUCGCUGACUACCCACGGCACAUCCCGUACAAUGGAGGUAAGAAGCUAUUCUGGGAGAAGACUGGAAGAGAGAGCUUUGAAGUUUUCCAGUAUCAGUUCAAGAUUCCCAACGACCCAACCACAUACACAAUGCUCUGGGACUACAACAUUGGCCUUGUACGCACUACACCUCUCUUCAAGUGUGGACGGUAUUCCAAGACAACUCCUGCGAAAACACUGUCUCGGAACGAGGGAUUGAAGGACAUUUGUCAUAGCAUCACUGGGGGAGCUCUUGUUGCUCAAGGCUACUGGAUACCAUAUGAAGCGGCCAAGGCAGUUGCUGCUACAUUCUGCUGGAGUAUUCGCUACGCAUUGACUCCGGUCUUCGGUACAGAUUUUCCCAACAUGUGCCUCCAUCCGAACGAUGAGAAUUUCGGCUCUAUGCUGAUUGAUCCGGAGAUCACGAAGCGAUGUGCACUGCUGGCUCAGCACUAUCGAGCACUGGAGGGAAGAGAAACACCGCCGCCAGUUCCAGCCAUGCAUAGUCCACAAUUGCCUGAAACGCCAAAGCUUGGACCGUUCUUCAAGAGAAUCUUGCCGAAGCCCAUCAGAACGACGACAGGUUAUACCAGCGACUGUACUUCUGACAUGGGUGCGGAGGAUCACUAUGCUCUGUCUUCUACAUCACCACAUGUCGACUUCAGUACUCCGUGGUCCGCAGUCAACUCUCCACGUUCCCCAUCACCCAAAGUUGCCUUCACCGACCCAUGGUCGCCUGCCAGUACGACUCGUUCGGACUCGCCCUCGGGCAGGUCUCGGAGAGGACGCACAGCUGCUGACAUUCCUCGUUCCCACACCCCCCUUGACCUGAUGCCACCGCCACGGAAACCGAUGUACCCGACGAUCAAUACCAUCACUUCACAAGCGUCUGUCGCAGAUUCGGCUCAGCUUCCCACACCGAUUACACCAGGCAUAUCCCCUAAGUCUAGGCGCCGACACAUGGACAUGGAUGAGGACUACGAUGCUGGUUCGGAUGACUCAGAGGCUGCAGGAGCAGAGAAGAGCAGGAAGAGAUCUUCGCAUACCUUCACUGAGACCAAUGCUGCAUACGUGUUGUUGAAACUUGCUGGCAAAGAUAAUGUUGGAGCUGGGUUGAAGUCCCUCAAACGAAGAGCUUCAGCUUGA